ACUAGAUCUGAUCUAGUCUAGCUCUAGAUCUAACACCAGAUCGAAAUAUUAAUAUAGAUUCUAGAUCUAUUAUGCAGUAGUAGUAUGUAGAUCUAGUACCAUGUAUGUUUGCCAUGAAAUUAUGAAUAAAAAUGCCUGUCACAAGCCAAUACAUUGUGGUGACUGCUACAGGAAACUCUAUUCAUCUUUUUGAACUGGUGUCUGCUGUUACUGUAAGAAUUGAAUGCCCACAUUCAGUAAACAGUGUGUCAGUUAUAAACUCAGAGAUUGCCUCUUAUGCUUUUAUUGCUACAAAUGAUAACAAGUUAUGGAGAACACGAUUAAGUGAAUUUGAUGGACAAAUGAAAGGAACAGGAACAUCAACAUGUAGAAGGAAAAGCAUACCAGAAGAUCUUCCUAAUUCAGAAGACAUAUUUGGUGACCUAUUGAAGCAGCAAGAAAAUAGGCAGGAAAUGUUUAAUCACAUGUCCGACUCCAAAAUAAAACAAUCUAUCAAUGAAAAAUUUAGGAGGAUAAUCCUGAAACAAGAAGAACUUGUGUACCAGUCAGAUUCAAAUAUUCUUGAGGUGCAGGUGCAUGAGAAAUUAAUAACUUUGCUAGUGGAUGAUUCUGGAUCUGUUCAGCUCUGUGUUCUAGUUUGGGACGUGGAAAAUAAUAAGCUCAAAAUACUACAAAACGUAGCUACAAACUUAAGUUUAAAAUUAUUUGUUUCUCCAUCUGAUGAAAGAAAGAGGAUAAUGUACCUUGUAUCACAAUAUGAGGAAGAACCCUCACAAGGGGAAAGAACAACACAUCUUGAUCCACAACUGCAUUUUUGCAGGUCUUCAAUAUAUUUGCCCAAAACUCUUUUUAUCUCACUCUUUGGUAAAGAAAACAGCUGCUUAAAUUCACUAAUAGUAUUGCUUAGUACAAAUGAUGGGUGUGUUUAUUCAUAUUCUACUAAGACAAUGAAUCCCUUGAAUAGUAAGUUUGGUCUCAUUUGCCAAAUGAACUCUGAGGUAAUUAGCAUAAUGGAGAUAGAUGUAGCUUUACCAAAAAUGUGUAGCGGUGAAAAUGAAGGCAUUGUUUCAGCUUUGGCUGCUGCUCUUGAUAAGGGCAGUAAUAAUUCACAGUUUAAUGAAAAGUCAACAAUGGAAGGUCUGCUGAUUUGUUUUGCUACAGGAGAGUGCUGCAUGUACCUAACACCAGAUGAAGAAAAUAAGAUUCCAUCUGUUCUAGUAUUUUCACUUCCACAUUCUAUAGGAUCUUGCAUCAAGUAUAAAAACCAUUGUGUUUAUAGUACAGGAACAAGCAUUGAAGCAAGCAAAUUCACUCUUUCAAAGCUGGCAGGGAGUGAUGAUGUGUUAAUGACUCCUGUUUUGCAAACUGUUUUUAAAAAGGCCAGGAUUUCCAAAUUGUCAGCUGUAUUACCUACAGAUCAGGAUACAGGAAGUUUAACUUUACUGGCAGUCACUUGCAGCUAUGAAUCUGUCUUCCUGCCAAUAACAAUACUUGACAGCACAAAAACUCCAGCACCAAAAUCAGCACAUUCGUUCACUGAAAUCUUACACAACAUUGAUCUGUGCUCUCAAAGAUUUAAAGAGGUGAAGGAAACAUCAAAACUCAUUGACACCUUUUUGCUGCAGAUGAAUAUUUUCUGUCACUUGCAGCAGAGCUUAGAAGGGAGGAAAUCUACUAACAGAAAUCAACAAGCAUCCCUAGAGUUAUUGGACUUGAAUAUUAAUUGCAUUUUUAACAUAUCAUCAUUUCAAAAUGUUUACAGAAAAGACUGGGCUUUAAAAGUGUAUUUGGAAAAUAGAAGUCCAGUUUUGCUUUCCAAAGACUGGUCUCUUUUGGUGACUGUGAAAGCAUUCUCCGCUAAACAAACUAGUUGGACAGAAAGUCAUUCUGUGAGAAGUUAUUGCUUCCCUUUAAAUAAGGGACUCCUUCCAAAUUCAAAAGUUGAUUUUCUUAUACCGCUGACAUUUUUAAAUCAACUUCUCUUUUUCCCAACAAUAAGAGUGACAGCAAAUUUAAUUUUAAACAUGCCAGAUAGUUUAGAAAUGGUCUUAAGUCAGAAGCUACACAAAUGCCUCAGUGUUGAGCUUUCAAAACAUGAGUUUGAUAUUUUGAAUUUUAUUUAUCCACCUUCCGAUGAAACAAAUAUGGAUCUGGUAAGCAAUAGAGAAAACCAUCUUCAUAAAGAACUUUGUCAGAUGGCUCACAUGAGAGUAGGGAAUAAAUUUAAAAGCAAUGAUCAGCUUGUCAAGUCAGAAAGUUUUACAGUCAGACUUUUAAUUUCUAAAACAUUUGCACAAAUGAAACUUUUGGGCAGCGCUGAAGAUGUUCUAAAGUUUUUAUUCACCAAAGACCAGGAAGUAAAAUUGGAUGAAACGUCUUCCUGUAUGUUGAUCACGCCAUCUGGCCAACUUCUCACGGUUACUGUUUCAUCUGCAGCCAAAAAUCCAGCCAAAUCUUUGAGGCCUGCAGCAAAUGAUCAGUUCAACAUAGCUCUUACAUCUAGCGAUCUGACUGAACUUUUUGCGAUACGAUCUGCUGUUAAGUCACGGUUAAAGAUGUCUUUAAAUGAAGAUGUGUUUGCACAUUCUAAAUAUAUACUACAGCAGCAACUGAACACACUUGAGAAAUUGAGAGAAAAUCUCAGAAAGGGGCCUGGAAAAGAUCAGUCCAGUGUUUCUGGAGCUGGUGGUUUUUUGUGUGAACUUUUGGACACCCUUGAUGAGACAGACAUAUGAGUGCUGUAGCUGCUUUAUGGCCAAGUCUAUCAAGUACAAACUUUUCAUUUCUACAUGGUGACGAAAUCAAAUUUUGAAAUUUUUAUUUUAUGAAAACUUCCUGGAGUAAUGAUCUUUGAUGUAUUUUCUGAAAUUCCUGAGUGAAGACAUUAUAAUAUUAAUAUCUUUUGACUAGCAGUUUUGUUUUAGAAAACAUAAAUGACAACUUCACAUUGUUAACAUAUCAAAGUAGGCAUAGAAAAAAGCCAACAAAUUCUAGAUCUAAACCUUAUUGAUUACAUUUAUUGUAACAGAAUGCACAGAUUGUACAAAAGUAUAUUGUUUAUUAAUUAAUUGAACUAUAAUAACUCAAAACAAGAUAAAAUUAUUUUUUUUCCCAAAUAAAGGUUGCCAAAGCCCACAAGUAAUAAAUGUUUUAUAUGGGUCUAAAAUUAUGUUUCAGAUAUUAGCCAUUGUUAUAUACAAUAUUUAUUGAGCUGUUAGCUAUUUUUAUUAACAGACCUAAUAAAAGUGGUCUUUUUUUUUGCUA